CCUAUGGCUACUGGUCUACUGAUCGUUUGUGUUGGAAAAGCUACUAAGGUGGUGGACAGCUAUCAAGGUAUGGUAAAGGGUUAUAGUGGAGUUUUCCGAUUAGGCGAGGCUACUUCGACUUGGGAUGCCGAUUCACCGGUCACUCAACGUGAGCCAUGGGAACACAUUAAAGAUGCUGAAAUAAAAAAGAUUGCUGCGUCAUUUUGUGGGGAGAUUUGGCAAGUUCCACCAAUGUUCUCCGCCAUCAAA